UAAAGGAUUUCCCCCCUUUGAUCCGAUUAAUUUGUUUAUUUCAUUCAUUUUAGUCGUGUAGCGAACCAUGGCUUGGUUGAACCCGAUUGAGUGGGUGAGAGAAAGCCGGGGGUCCCCCAGACUGGUGCUGGUGGUGGUGUGUGUGGCUCUUCUUCUGGACAACAUGCUACUGACAGUCGUGGUUCCCAUCAUCCCCACCUUUUUAUAUGCCUUGGAGCACCCGACCUCCUCCCCUCUCUCCUCCUCCUCCCUCAGCACUACACAACCACGCCAGAGGACAUCUGCCUCACCUUACAUGCUCUCUCUCUAUGGUAACGCCACCGUCAAUGAACAAACCUCUAGCAUCACCACUGACGCAGUGCUAGCCCCUGGGCCCUACCUGGCUGGGAACGGGAGUGAGGAGGUGGGUCAGGGGCAGCAGGAGGGCUGUCUGGAGGAGGUGGAGGACAGCCAGUUUCUGGAGGAGGAGAAUGUGCGUGUGGGCCUCCUGUUUGCCUCCAAGGCUCUGGUCCAACUGACCGUCAACCCCUUUGUUGGGCCGCUGACAAACAGGAUUGGAUACCACAUACCGAUGUUUGCAGGGUUUGUCAUCAUGUUCCUGUCAACCAUAUUGUUCGCCUUUUCAGAAACAUACAGCUUGCUGUUCUUUGCUCGAUCUCUUCAAGGAAUUGGGUCCUCUUUCUCCUCUGUGGCAGGAUUAGGAAUGCUGGCGAGUGUCUACACAGAUGAUAACGAGCGAGGUAUUGCCAUGGGAGUAGCUCUUGGAGGAUUGGCCAUGGGGGUUCUAAUUGGUGCCCCCUUUGGCAGUGUGAUGUAUGAGUUUGUGGGAAAAAGCUCCCCUUUCCUCGUGUUGGCCUUCCUUGCUGUUUUUGAUGGAGUUCUCCAACUAUGUAUUCUUCAGCCCUCAAAAAUAUGUCCAGGAACGACAGUGGGAACUCCAUUGAUAGACCUUCUGAAAGACCCCUACAUUCUCAUCAGUGCAGGAUCUCUGUGUUUUGCCAAUAUGGGUGUGGCCAUGCUUGAGCCGACUCUGCCCAUAUGGAUGAUGCAGACCAUGUGCUCACCAAAAUGGCAGCUCGGAAUGGCUUUUCUUCCAGCCAGUGUAUCUUACCUUAUCGGGACUAACCUGUUCGGUGUGCUGGCCAACAAGAUGGGAAGGUGGCUGUGCUCCAUGAUAGGCAUGCUGAUCAUUGGCAUCAGCCUUCUCUGUGUGCCUCUUGCAACAAGUAUCAAUGGGCUCAUAAUACCAAAUGGUGGCCUUGGCUUUGCAAUCGGAAUGGUGGAUUCCUCUAUGAUGGCGAUCAUGGGCUACCUGGUGGAUAUUCGACAUGCCUCUGUAUACGGCAGUGUGUAUGCCAUUGCAGAUGUGGCAUUAUGCAUGGGGUUUGCUAUAGGUCCAUCAAUAGGAGGUGCCAUAGUGAAACACAUUGGCUUUCCCUACCUCAUGGUGAUCAUUGGUAUUAUCAACAUUGCCUAUGCGCCUCUUAGCUACUUUCUAAGCAAUCCAGCUGUAAGAGAAGAAAAAAUGGCCAUUAUUGAUCAGGAAUGUCCAAUGCAUGUGAAGAGCUACGAGACACAGAGACCGCGAGAGUCUCUCUCUGACAGCAGUGAGGAGAGUGAAGAAUGAGAAACAGCAGCACCCAUCUGAUUAUGUUACUUACUGUAUGUUGUGAUGGAA